AUGGAGUACCACUGCAGACUGGUUGAGGCAGCUCGUAUGGGCAACGUCGAAGCAUUACACGACCUGAUUAAAGAAAAUCCCUUUGUUCUCUCCGACUAUGCACUCGUCUCUCUGCAUGAGAAUCCACUGCACGUUGCUACAAAAGCAGGGCAGCUUGGUUUUGUGCGAGAAAUUAUUAGAUUAAAGCCCGAAUCGGCGGAGGAACCAAACAGAGAAGGCUUCAGGCCGCUGGAUAUAGCUUCGGCGUUUGGGCAUGUAGAGAUAGUGAAAGAGCUUGUAACAAGUACUGGAAAUGAUAUAUGUCGUUUGAAGGGAAAAGAUGGAAAAACGGCUAUUCAUUAUGCUGCUAGCAGUGGCAGGCUUGAGGUUAUGGACGAUCUGCUUUCUUUCUCUGCGGAAUGUGUUACGGAUGUGACAGUUCUCGGAGAAACUGCGCUUCAUUUGGCUGUGAAAUACUAUAAAGUUGAGGCCUUGAGAAACUUAGUGGAAUGGCUGGAAAAGCUUGGAUUGGAAGAGAUAGUCUGUUAG